AUGACAUCCGGAGAUGAUUACGAGCUGGUGUGGGGUGACGUUUAUUUCGUGAUGCUGAAGAGCAUGGCAGCAGGGUGGUUGUUGACGGGGCGCCCUGAAUAUGAAUACGACAAAAAAAGCAAAGCAAAGCAAAGCAUAGCAAGCAAUGAGAAUGAGGAUGAACACAUUUGCAUGGAGAACGAGAGCAGCAAAAAUUUCCAAUUGUUGUUGUGCAUGGAGAAGAAAGGAGGGAAAUAUCCUGAAAGGGAAUAA